AUGAGUGAAUUAUCGCAACUUAUUAAGCAAAGAGGUAACAUCAAGGCUAGGUUAACGUUAUUUCAAAAGUAUUUAGCGCCUUUGAUGGAUUCAAAAGAAACUAGUACACUAAGGACAAAUGAACUUAGUCUUAGAUUAAAUAAAAUGCGAGAUCUGUCAUCGAACUUCGAAGAGGUUCAAUUACAGAUCGAGAUGUUGGAUGAAGACAGUGACAAACAAUUAAAAGAACGCGAAGUGACAGAAAAUUUAUUCUUCUCUUUAAUCGCUCAAGCUCAGUCGCUGCUGGAAUUUUUGGAAAAGUCUAACAACACUGAAACUUCAUCCAACAUUAGCAAGGGUGGUCGUCAUUUAAAGCUGCCCCCAUUAAAAAUCACGCCCUUCAACGGCGAUCCAAACAAGUGGCUUACCUUUAGGGAUUCGUAUUUAUCACUCAUUCAUAACAAUGAAGACAUCGACGAUAUUAGUAAAUUUCAUUACCUUAAAUCUUAUCUAGAGGGCGCCGCGACUUCAGUUAUACAGUCGGUAUCCGUAUCCUCGAAUAAUUAUUGUAUCGCUUGGAACUUACUAUGCGAGCGGUAUAAUAACAAACGACUGUUAGUCAACGAACAUCUUAAAUGUUUAUUUUCAAUCGAACCACUGCAGAAAGAAACUGACAGUGGCAUUCGGAAUUUAAUUGACACUCUGUCUAAAAAUCUUAGUGCACUUAAUUCGUUAGAUGAACCCACCGACAAGUGGGACACCAUUAUUAUUUACAUGGCGUCCAUGAAGUUAGAUAGUGUCACGGCUGGCAAGUGGGAGGAGUUUCGGAGCAAUAAGGAUUCGCCUACAUUAGACGAGUUUUAUUCUUUCUUACGUCGACAAGCAACAGUUUUGGAAACUACAAAUGCUAGGAAGCCAUCCAUAUUUGAGAAACGUCACAGUGUUCCAAAAGUUAAAUCAUUUACUGUUUCAUGCGUAGACUCCCCCCCCAGCAAGCGAUGCGGCAUCUGCAAACAAGAACAUAGAUUAUACGAAUGUAACAAAUUCAAAUGCUUGCCUGUAGAUGAACGCAUUGCUAAGACUUCAUUACUAAAGUUGUGUACCAAUUGUCUGCGCAGUGGUCAUCAGUCCUACCAGUGUAGGCUAGGUGGCUGUAGGAUCUGCCGGCGAAAACAUAACACAUUGUUACACAAACCACAAGUACAACAAACGCCACAAAGCAACACACAAUCCGUUCAUACUACGCCAUCUACAGCCCACAGUAAAACAAACAGCACCGAAAACUCACCCAAUUCUGAUCACGACUCCACAGCAUCCAGGCCCUCCACCGUCGUGUCCAUGACUGCUGCCUCCAACAAUCAAGCUCUUCUGUCUACGGCGUUGGUCAAGGUGACGCACAAGGGCAAAACUGUCAAGAUGAGGGCGUUGCUAGACUGCGGCAGCCAAUCGUCGUUUAUCAGCGACAGGGCCCAGCGGAAAAUAGGUUCCCACAGAACAAGGGAUCAUCAUCGAAAUGUCUCCGGCCUGGGUAACACCAUUUUAAAUAUAACGGAACACUGCACCGUACAGCUACAUUCUCUGAAUACCACAUUUAGCGCGGCUAUCAAGUGCUUCGUCAUACCCCAAAUCACAGACAACUUACCUCAUGCAACUGUACAUACAAAAGACCUGGGCAUUCCUGACAACAUCCAUUUGGCCGACCCAAUGUUUUAUCAGCCAGCCGAGAUCGAUAUUCUACUAGGCGCUGACAUAUUCUGGGAUUUAAUCGGUACAGGUAGGAUCAGUUUAGGGCCGCAACGACCGGUUCUGCAGGAAACGCACCUAGGCUGGAUAGUAGCUGGCCCCAUGGGGGGGAAAUAUUACAACAGUAAUAAUUCAAAAGUAAGUUGUCACUUUUCACGGGAUAUUAGCAAACAGUUAGCCAAGUUCUGGGAACUUGAAGAAAUCCCAUCAAACGGUAACCACACACAAGACAAUCAUUGUGAAAGAUUAUUCACCCAAACUACUCAUCGAGAAGAUGACGGUAGAUUUUGUGUUCAAAUUCCUCUUAAGGAAUCCACAGAAGUCUUGGGCGAAUCAUACAACAUAGCUGAAAAAAGAUUCCUACAACUGGAGCGAAACCUAAAGAAAAAACCUGAAGUCCAAGAGCUUUAUCGAAAUUUCAUUCAUGAAUACGAACGCUUAGGGCACAUGACUGAAAUUCCAAAACCACCAUUCGGCUGCUACCUCCCGCACCAUGCAGUCAUUAGGGAGUCGAGUGACACCACUAAACUUCGUGUAGUCUUUGACGCCUCUGCCAAAACUACCUCUGGAAUAUCGUUCAACGACAUACAACAUGUUGGGCCAGUGGUACAAGAUGACUUAUUUUCUAUUUUAUUGCGUUACAGACAGCACAAGUAUGUAGUGUCAGCAGAUGUGGAGAAAAUGUACCGCCAAAUUCUGGUGCAUCCCAGCCAGCGUGUGCUGCAGCUCAUCCUGUGGCGCGACGAUCCUUCGCAGCCGCUUAAAAUAUUCCAGUUGAAUACAGUAACCUAUGGUACGGCGUCGGCACCAUUUCUAAGUACAAGGUGUUUGUUGCAGCUGUCGAAGGAAUGCAACGAUAAGGUCAUAUCUCAGUCAAUCAAGGAAGACUAUUAUGUCGACGAUUAUUUGUCAGGGGCUUCAUCGGAGGCUGAGCUGCGCCACAAAAUCCAAUCAGUAACGUCCACUCUCAGUACAGCACGCCUGCCUCUGCGUAAGUUCCGAACCAAUGUGCCCUCCAUCUUCGAUAACGAUUCGAAUACGUCAAUGCCCAAAAAUCUAGACCUUUCUUCACAAUCAAGCGUGUUGGGCUUGAAGUGGGAUCCACCUAAGGACAUCCUAUGGUUUCCAGUCAACAUUCAAUUGGAUGAAAGGGUAACCAAGCGCACUAUCUUGUCCAAUUCAGCUAAGUUAUUCGACCCACUGGGCCUGUUGGGGCCAUGCACAAUUAUUCCAAAAAUAUUACUACAGAAAUUGUGGCUCACAAAACUCGAUUGGGAUGAUCCAGUAAGUCAUGUUGUAAGAAAAGAAUGGCUGGCCUUUGUAAACAAUUUGAACGCCGUAUCGAAAAUUGAAAUUCCGAGAUGCGUCAUCAUUAGCGAACCAGAAGUCAUCGAAUUGCACUCAUUUUCAGAUGCGUCCCAGACAGCCUACGCUUCUGCAAUUUACUUACGAUCCAUUGAUGGCGCAGGUCAGGUCCUUGUCAGGUUACUUUGUGCCAAGACUAAAGUUGCUCCAGUGAAGAGCACCACAAUACCUCGUCUCGAGCUUUGUGGUGCCUUGCUUUCAGCACGACUAAGCACCAAGGUGUUGACUGCACUUCGCUGUAAAGUACACAACGUUUUUCACUGGACCGACUCAACAGUGGUUUUGUGCUGGCUAUCUUCUCAAGCCAAUGACUUAAAGCCGUUUGUGGCAAACCGCGUUGGUGAAGUGCAAGAGUUGACUGCGUCAGCCUCCUGGAGGCACGUUCCUGGAACUCAAAAUCCAGCAGACUUGGCAUCCCGCGGAUUGAACCCAAGGUUAAUUAAAUCAUCUACAUUGUGGUGGGAAGGGCCACCGUUUUUAAGGAAAAACCCAUGUGAAUGGCCUCAAAUGGGAAACUUCAAGAGCAUGCCCAACGAAGAAGUACCUGAAAGAAAAUCAUAUUCCAAAUUACACACUACAAAUUCAUUACUCACUACUAAUCAUACACACGUACAACCUACACCUGACAUGUCCAGGUUGGUGAACUUUGAAAGACAUUCAAAGUUCACUACCCUGCACAGAUCCAUAGCUUAUGUUCUACGUUUCAUAAAUAAUUUGCGUAAGAAUCACCCCAAAACUACAGGGCAUCUAACUCAGAAUGAAUUAAAGUCAUCCCUACAUACAUUAAUCAAAUUACAUCAGAAAGAAUGUUUCUCAAAAGAAAUUAAAAUAUUAAAUUCUAAACAAAACUUACCGUCUAACUCCCACGUGCUAUCCCUCAGUCCAUUUAUUGAUGAGAAUGGCAUAUUGUGCGUAGGUGGCCGUAUCCAAAAUUCCAAUGAAACAUAUGAGAGAAAACAUCCUAUUCUAUUAGACACAAACCAUAACUUUACUAAAUUGCUAUUUACUCACAGGCAUAACCAAUUGUUACAUGGCGGACCUCAACUGUUGCUCAGCGACCUAAGAAACAACUACUGGCCUUUAAGAGGCAGGGUACUAGCCCGGAGCACGGUAAAUAAUUGUAGAUUGUGUAAACUCAUGAAAGCUAAAGGUUUUAAUCCCAUAAUGGGAAACCUACCUGCUUCGAGAGUCAGCCCAAGCCUUCCAUUCCAGACCAGCGGAGUCGACUUCGCUGGCCCUUUUCUCAUAACCGAUCGCAAGGGUCGCGGUUGUAAAAUAACUAAAUGUUAUUUAUGUUUGUUCAUCUGUUUUGCAACCAAGGCGCUGCACCUUGAAGUGGCGAGUGAUCUUAGCACAGAUGUCUUCAUUUUAUGUCUAAGACGGUUUAUAUCGCGUAGAGGUAAGCCACUGGAACUUUAUUGCGAUAACGGCACGAAUUUUGUGGGUGCGAACAAUGAAAUCACAGCCUUUUUACGGUCAAGUAAUGAAAGCAUCUCUGGUUUUGCUGCCGAUGAAGGAAUUAAAUUCUGGUUCUCACCGGCUUAUUCUCCCCACUUCGGUGGGCUUUGGGAGGCAGGCGUUAAGUCUGCUAAAUUUCACGUCACUCGCAUAUUGGGUGACAAACAUUUAACAUUUGAGGAGUUAUCGACUAUAUUCACGCAGAUUGAGGCAAUCCUCAACUCCAGGCCAUUAACUCCUCUCUCCUCUGAUCCCAAUGACCUGAAUCCCCUCACUCCUGCGCACUUCCUGAUCGGUAGACCACUCACAUCGCUGCCUUCAGAAAACCUACUAGAUGCAAAUCCAAGAAGACUCGACCGAUACAGAUGGCUCGAAACCAUGCGGCAACACUUCUGGGAACGCUGGAGGAACGAGUACCUGAGCGAGUUGCAGCAAAAAACUAAAUGGCGAGUCAAGCAGCGAGGACUGCAGGAAGGCGAGUUGGUAGUCAUCAAGGAAGCUAACGUCCCACCAUUGAAAUGGCGAAUGGCCCGUGUCCACAAAUUAUAUCCUGGAUCAGACGGAAUAGCAAGAGUCGCCGAUGUCUACACGGCGAAGGGAAUAAUCCGCAGAGGUGUCCAUAACCUCUGCUCCUUGCCCGAUUCAUCCUCAUAA